GCGAUCCUUGAGGUUAGCCUAGCAUCGUGUGACACCGGGAGAUAAUUGCUUGGGAAGCUUAACAAGUUCAUGUUCCCAUGGGAUAUCGGUUACGGCUAAGGAGUACUGUCUGCAUGGGUAGCUGUGCUUCCCUUGGACUUUGUGAGGAAACCUGCAUGGAACUGCCAUACUUCGCUGAGGGAAUAUCUACUAAGUGAAAAAACGUCAGAAAGCAAAUUCAAUUGAUGUGGAGCAGAAGACAAGAAAGAAGAAUGAGAGUGGCACUUCAUCCCCCUCUCCAAUUCCAUCUGAACGGAAUGUCUCCGUCACCUCUGACCCUUCACCCUCUGACCAACUCUCCUCCCUCCAUCCACCUUCCUCUCCUGUUAAAUGUUCCUCUCAGCCUUGCUCUCCUGAAAAACAGCCCUCUGUACCCCGGUCACCUGCCAAACACCCUUCCCCAGUGAAAUCCUCACCAGUGGUGUCCCGCCCUAGUUUUCCCUCUCCUACCAACCCUCUGGACCGUCAUGGAGACACCAGCCAUGAGGGCACAACAGUCAGACCUCUGUCUCUUCAGGACCACUCUAGCCCAAGGCCCCAGAGGCCAGUCUCAGCCACCAGAGGGUCAGAAGAACGGGGGCACUGGUCAACAUGGAACUUCUUGGGUUGCCUAACAUUGGCAACACUUGCUUCCUUAACGCCACCCUGCAGUGCCUCCUGGUCCUGCCGUCCUUCUCAAAGGAAAUCCUGCACCAGGAACAACUCUGGAGCUGCUCCCCCUUCUCCAACCUGCUCAGGUGUCUGUCUGAUGUGCACCGUUUGGGUCUACCUGACAAUGGGGCAAACCAGGCCUCAAAAGCAGACCUCAUGUGGAAGGUCAAGUACUCCUUGUCGGGAUAUGAUUUGAAGUAUCUGGGUGACACGCAACAGGACGCACACGAGUUCCUUGUGAAUAUGCUGUGCCAGCUGAAGGAGGAGGGCAUGAUACUGAAGACACUCGGGGUGAGCUAUACCUGCCCUGUUUCCCAGCUGGAGUUCCAGCUUGUGUCGGUGCGCACAUGUACCAGCUGUGGGCGCGAGUCGUCCACCAGAGAGGACUACAACCACCUCUCGUUGGACUUCAGCCCUGAGCGCACAUUGCUGAGCAGCCUAGCACUCACUUUCAAAGGCAAAAAGGUUGAAUUCACAUGUGAGGGCUGUAAAGGCCUCUACGCCUCAAAGGUGGAGCAGUUCCACACACUGCCUCUUGUGCUGGUUCUGCAUCUGAAGAGGUUUGGACGCCCUGGGGGGUUGGAGAAGCUGGAGGCUCCUCUUUUGUUUCCUUCGGAGCUGAGGCUCUCUACCCUCUGUGGGGACAUGGUGCCACAGCUGCACAGUGCCAACCCACAGGCCCCCAGCAUCCAGGGGUCCAUCCCCCAGACCCUCGCCAGCCAAGUCUCCAGCCCACCUGGAGAGGCCAAAGACAGCACCCUCUGCUGUUCAGAUUCAAAUGACCAGGAACCAGGGAAAGUGCUGCUGACAGCCUCAGUGAAGCAGCAGCCAGUGAAGUCAGUGAAUGGUUACUACCAGCUGACUGGCGUAGUCUCUCAUUUGGGAGGCUCCGCAUACUCCGGGCACUACAUUAGUGACAUCUUGCAUGCCAGUGGAAACUGGUUCUGCUGUAACGACAGCCAGGUGUCAAUGUCCAAUGAAGCCACUGUGCUGAGGACCAGAGCCCGGAGUGCCUACAUGCUCUUCUAUAUGUUCAGGUACUGCUUACUCUCGCCAUCUAUAUUCUUGUGUUGCUAUAUAUGUGUACGGUUCCUUUCACCCUACAGGGCUUGAGAGCGGGAGGCCCCAGUACACAGGGCCUAACAGGGGCACCAGCCCCAGCAUAAACACGGGCAGCACCUGGACCGGCCUCUAAACACUCAGACCUGCCUGAACAGGGGUAGUACCAGGCCCAGCCUCAAAACCCCCAGCCCAGCCUCAACAGACGCAGCAUCUGGACCAGAUGCAACACCCCCAGCCCAGCCUCAACAGGGGAAGAACCAGGCCCAGUCACAACAUGGGCAGAACAAGGCCCAGCCCCAACACCCUCAGACCUGCCUCAACAGGAAGCUUUAUCGUCUGGGAUUCAGGCCCGUCCUCAUAGGAAACGCGACAAAGGGAAGCAGCUGUAAUGGAGCCUUCUAACCCUCAAUCAGGUCUGGAGGAGGAAUGCAGCACAAAGAUUCAGAGAUGCUAUGAGUAUCUUUUGAAGUUACUCUCCAGUUGUAUUUCAUUUGAAUAAAUACAGACAUGAAAAUCCGGC